GCCACUUCCAAGCUCCGCGUCUACGUGGAGCUGAUGCAGCUGACGGUGGCUUCGCCGGCCGAUCUGGAGACGGCGCGGGAGUCUUUGUUGGUGGAGGAAAUGCUGCUUCAAGUGCGGGGGCAGAUUGCAGACGCCAAGGUGGCGCUGGAGAUCCUUCAGGACCGAGAACAGAAGCUCUCGAGCAAGAAGCGCAAAGCAGAAUCAGAACCUGAUAGCCAACCUUGA